AAUAAUUAUGGCUCUAGUGAAUGUAACAUGCACCCUCCCCAAUAAAGAUCAAGUUGUUUUGAAAUGUGAAAUUCAAAAUAUUAGAAGUGAAUUGCAUAAAAAAGUUUCAGCUAUCUCAUUUGAUAAUAUCAUUCUGAUUGAUGAGAAGGAUUAAGUGUAUAAUGCAAGCAGUGCUUUAUAUUAAUCAAAAAUACAAUAACCGAAAAAUAAUUAUUAAUUUAAGGUUCAAGAGGCUCAUUCAAUGUACAGAGAGCUAAAAGAAUUGAUAAACAUUAAAAUAAAUAAUUACAAAAAAUUAGAAGAGAUGGAAAAAAACUUAAAAUCAUUAGUUGAAGAAAUAAAGGAAUAAGACAAAUAGCAUAAAUUGGAAAUAUAAUAAUUAUCCGAAAAUAAUCAAACUUAAAGUGCUGACAUCCUAAGAAGUAAAUAAAAUGAAAUGGAAAAAAUGAAAGCUGAAAAAGAAAAAUAAAUUAAGGAAAUCUAGGAAAAACAUGAUAGGCUGGAAUUGGAAUUGGGUGCAAUAAAUAGAAAAUGUAGCGACCUAGAAUAAAAUAUAUAAUAAUUAUAAGAAGAUAAUUAAUAAUAAUAAAGAAACUAUGAAAUAUAAUUAUAAAAAAAAAAUGAAGAAAUGUAGAAUGAAAUAAAUAAAAAGAAUUCAGAAAUAUAAAAUUUAAAUACAUAGUGGCAAAAUUAUUUAAAUUAGGUGAACUCUUAAUUUUAAUAAUAAUUAUAGCAACAGUAUCAACAGGCCACUUAAGCAAACAAUGAAUUAGUCACAUCAUUAGAAAAUCUUUAAAGAGAACUUGGAUAGGAAUAAUUAGCUUCAAAAGCUGAGACAGAUAAACUAAAAUUAUAGUUAAAAUCAGAAAAGGAUAAAUUAUAGGCUGCUAACGAUAGUAUUUUUUAGUUUGAAAGCACAAUUUAAUCAUUAAAUGAUAAAAUUAAAAAGUUAGAUAGAGAUUUAAAAGUAGGCAAGGAAAAAAUAAUUGAUUUAGAAUAGAAUUAAAGGACUACAUUUUCUAAUGUUUAAGAUGCUAAUUCUACUCUUUAAUAAAAAGAAACAGACAUUAAAAAAUUAACCACUUUAAAUAAGAGUUAACUCUAGCAAAUUGACGAAUUAACAGAGGAGCUCAAUUAGUUAAAAAUUCAAAAAUAAUAGUUGGAUGUUAAAAGUAAUACCUAAUUGUAACAAAUUGGGGAUUUAAGGGCAAAGGUUGAUGAAUUAAAUGAUGAAAUUGAUCAUCUGAAAGGAGAAUUAACAAAAAAAAAAUAUGAAUACGACAAAUAAACAAGCGACUUGAGAAUAUUAUAGAAAUAAAAGGAUUUUGUUGAUUAAGAAUUAAAAGAAUUAAAAAGUUAAUUACAAUAAACCAAAGAAUAAUUAGAACAAUAACAAAGUGGAGGAUAAAGCAAUGAAAAACAAAUAACACAACUAAAAAGUCAAAUUACAAAACUGGAAUAAGAAUUAAAAACAGUUACUGGUUAAAAUAAAGAUAACUAAGACAAAGUAAGAGAGUAAAAAUUAAAAUUGUAAGAAAAAGAGGGGUAAAUAGGUUAAUUAGAAAUUAAAUUAAAUUAAUUUUAAAACUCUUUAAAUCAAAAAGAGGAAUAACUUAAAAAUGAUUAAGCUUAAAAUCAUUAAUUUAAAACACAAAUGGAGGAACUUACUAAAUAAAUGAAGUUGGACAUGGAAUAAACAAAUAUGAAACUAAGUAUAAAAGACCAUAUUCUUUUAAAAUUAUCAAGGCAAGAUGAUAAAUAUCAAGAUAAAGUAAUUGGUGUUAUGGAAAGAGUAAUGUCAACACCUCAUAAAGUUAAAGAUUUUAAUAAAGAUUAGAAUGCUUAACUUGACCUGAAGGAAUAUGAUAUUUUUGAGAUAACUGCUGAAUAUGAUCAAGCAAAGCAACUUUUGACUAAGAAUUAGUAUUUCCUAUUUGAAUAAUGCUUAAAAAAGACUCCCAAGGGCAGUGUGAAAUUAAAUAGAAGUCUAUAACCAAAUGCCGAGUCCACAUUUUUUAAAGGUUAUUUAAGUGUGGUGACUGAGGCAACUUAAAAUGAAUUGAAAGGAAAAUUCUUAUUAAGAAAAGAUCUAAUAUCUUAAAAUCAAGCUUUUAUUAAUUUAGAUGAUGCAGCUUAAAUGUCUAAAAACAACUUCUUAUGCUAAUUUUUGAUGGAUCAAUUUAAUAAAGUCUUAAGAUCAUAAAGAUUAAGAGAAGGAGACUAUGGAAUCGCCAAACAAUUUGUAUUAAAAGAUAAGGGUAAAUAUUAAUUUAUAUAUUGAAUAGAAAAAGAAGAAUACUAUUAUUGUGAAAUGGCUGAGGAAGGAGAAUUUAAAAAGAUUAAUGGUGGAUGUUUUAACCCUAAAGAUAAAAGUGAGGUAAAUUCUUAUUUUAAUGCCUUCUCUAAAUAUGUAUAUGCAUUUUCAAAGGAAAGUUAUAUUAUAUCUCAUCUUUAAAUUUGUGGAAAAUUUGUGUAUGAUAUGAUAGUUAGUACAACUUAUAAAGGAUUGUUUUCAACUUUAGAUUAAGGAUAAAAUGAAAUUGCAUUGGUUUUAGAAAUAAUUAAUGGCUUACCUCAAGAUUAUAUUAAACUCCAUUGGACUCAAAAAAUAGAAGAUGUUGCUAAAGAGGGAGUAAAAUGAGUUAAUUAAAGUUUAUUUAACAUAUUCAAAUGUCA